GUAGAAUAAAGAUGGCAGCGCACGGUGGGCGACUUUUCCGAGUUUUCGGUGGAAAGUUAUUGCGAAUAUCACACCAUAGUCGUGCCUUGCAGGUUAUAGACACCCAACAAUGGAAGCUCUUCUCCACAGAUGUCCAGCCGAAGAAAGAGAAGAAACAGAAAGAUUCUGUAGCUGCCGUGAUUGCUGCUGCCCAAGACAGAAGAACAGCUUAUGAUACGUUGAUUCAACGAGAGGAGUUAUCUUAUGAGCGAGGGCGACGUCACCUUGCCAACAUGAUGGGGGAGGAUCCAGAGGACUUUAAACAAGAAGAUGUAGAUAGGGCCAUUGAGUAUCUCUUCCCAUCGGGUCUAUUUGAUAAGAAGGCGAGGCCUAUGAUGAAGCCUCCAGCAGACUACUACCCACCCCAGAAGGCAGCCCAGUUUGGACCAGAUGGUAGACCCUUUGAUGCCUUGUUCUACACUGGCAAACCAAACUACUAUAAUCUCAUGCAUGACACAGUGAAUGAAGCAAAUAAAGUCAUCGCUAAGGAGGACGAGAUGAUAAGAAAAGGAAUCCUCAUACAUGAAACUCAUCCUGUGAACCUUGCAAGGAGUGAAUGGAUAGACAAAGCGUCUGUUGAGAGAAUAGUGGUAGAAGCACUGUCCGACAAGGAGUAUUUAAAUUUUAUCAGUCUGUUGGAGAGGAUACUGCAGCUACCGUAUGCAAGUGAAGUCAGCGAUUAUAUCCACAAGUUUAGACGAGAACUAGUCGCUGAGCUCAGCAAGGAAGUCAUUAGUCCAAUUCUAGAAGACGAGAAUGGUCAACCCUACAGCAAGGGGGAUGCCUGGAGGAAGAGCGCCAAGGCCUGGGUCACGCUGAAGGAUCAAGGGAAAGGUCAAGUCACGGUCAAUGGAAUGGAGUUUCUCAAGUAUUUCACUUGGGUGCGAGUAAGAGAACAAAUCCUGUUUCCUUUUAACUUCACAGAGACCUUGGGCCGGUUUGAUGUGGAGUGUGAGGUGGUUGAAGGGGGCAGGACCAGUCAGGCCGGGGCUGUCCGACUUGCUAUCUCGAGGGCGCUGUGUAGCUUCGUGGACCAGCAGAAGAUUGAGCAGAUGAGACAAGCGGGACUGCUCACAUUAGAUCCUAGGCUCAGAGAGAGGAAGAAGCCAGGGCAAGCUGGAGCCAGAAAGAAGUUCACCUGGAAGAAAAGAUAACCAUUGCCUUGGGUUGCUCAAGGACUUACCAUGAUCUUGAUACUCUCCUGCUCUGUUCCUCAAAUACGAGGGCAGCAGAGUUGAACACACGUCCGCUAGGUCACCACUAUCUCUCUAAUAUGCUAUGUGGGAAUGUACUAUCUAUAGGAAACAGGCAGCAAUGUGAAUUCCGAAUUGGACACCAGUGGAGCACUACUUAGAGGAUUACUUGUUGUCCAAGCUUUGGCCUGGAUUCACACCUUCCAUAUUGCACAGAACAUACAGGCCUGCAUCAUGUACAUUGUACGUGUAUGGGUCUCUACUCUCUUUUCAGAACAAGUGGGAAUUUCAGAUCGAUCUUGUUCAUGAGCCGAUUGUAGUUCAUUCUUCAAUUAUGCAAUUAUGCAGAGGAAGAUAUACACAUAACUUGUUCAUAU